GACAAAAAGAAAAUUUGUCGAAAAGAAUCGAAUUAGAUAUGCGUGUGCCCGGACUCGAACCGGGAGCCCAUCGAUGGCAACGAUGGAUUUUACCCUUAAACCACACACGCUGUUCGGUUGAUCCUUGUUGUCGACAGCGGGUAGUGGAGGCUUCGAGUUUGCCGCGACUCGGGGUGUUAGCCGUGGGGUUGACUUGAGGCGAAACGCCUGGACAGGAUUGCAGCUGCAGAUAUCUGCAUCCAAAAAGCCGGUUCCAAGUUGGACCACAUCUCGACCGAUCCUGCGGGCACGGCGAGGGCACACCUGCACCACGCGUAUGCAGUGAAACCGUCUGCACAGCCACUAAAACACAAGGCAGGGCAGGCCGAUAUCGCCACAGUGGGAAGGUUGAAGGAUUUUGAUGUGUGAUGGCAGGAUGCGCAAUUUGGCAUGCAUGUGCAACCCAAGACGGGAGUACUAGAGAGUGCACAAUAUGCUGCGCCGGGUAGGAAGAGGUUAGGUAGGUAGUGGGCAAAUAUCGAGCUUCAACCGUGGCUGCCGCGCCCAGCGGGAAUCCCUGGCGGAAGCCCCCAUCUCGUCCUGUCGACAUUCACUCUGGGAGAGUCAUCACAAAACACCACGAACAGUACAGCUUUAGUUCCUGCCCACCUACCUUAGGCACCUAGUAGGUAUGCAACACAGACACCGCUAACCAUGACGGCCCGCAAAACAGCCUCACUAAAGCCAUCGGGCGCGGGCCGAAUGGCCCCAUACCCGACCCUGGCGCCCCCGCUCGCCCACGAAAGGCGGGACGGGGCGACGGCCCAGCCCGGGUCCGAGACGUGCGGAUACCGGACAGACGCGCAAUUCCGCCCGUUCGCUUGCGGCUCAGGCCUGACGUGCACAAACUCCAACAACGUGCGCGGCUGCUGCACCGACUGCCAGCACUCGACCCUUGGCACGGGGUGCCUCGACGCGACCCACCGGCUGUGCGUGGACAAGACGGCGGAGCAUAGGAUGCAGUACUGCUGCACCGACUUCGCCGACGUUCCCUUCUGCGCGACCUACCUAUGGUCCACCACGACCGAGACCCGGUCCAUCUACACGCUCUACAUAUGCGAGUCGACCGCGCAGCGCGGCGUGCAGAUCCUGGCCGCCGAGCCCAGGCCGCCCAACGGCGGGCCUUCCGAGAGGUCGACGACGACGUCGGUCCAAGGCAGUCCGACCGCGGCACCGGCAGAAUCGACAGGCCCGCCGGUCGGCGCCAUCGUCGGCGGCGUCCUUGGGGGCGUGGCCGUCCUCGCGCUGCUGCUGGCUGCGGUCUGGUGGGCCGCGUGCUGGAGGCGUCGCGGCGGCGGCGUCGGCAAGUCGGGCGACGACGACGACAACGUGGCAUCGUCGGCGAGAUUCGAGGAGGGGAAGACCAGCGGCGACGACGGGUCACAAUUACCGCCGCCACCGCCGUCGCUGCCUGCGGCAGACUUUGUCGUUAGCCCGGCCAGCGAGCUGCCGACAAUAGGCCAGCCGGGCGGCGGCGGCGACGGCGGCGGCGGCGGGGAGAUAUUCGAGGCGACAGGGUCUGGCGUCGACGCAAAGGACCGGGCGCACUGCCACGAAAAGGACGGAGUCCCCUGCGGUGGCGAGCUGGCAGAGCUGCCCGGCCAUGGGUCGUACACGCCGGAGCUUCUGGGAGACCAGAGUCGAUUCCGAGGCUAUGUGAGGGGCGCCCCUUUUUGAGUGCCGGGUUGCGAUGGAGGAGAGGAGCCCCCGCAGGCAGGGGGAGGCAAAAGCUAAUUCAUGCUUACCGCGUCGUUUUCUUGUUUAUGCCGCGUCCGUGCCACGCGUUCUCCAAAUUGUCGGCAACGCUGCUUCUGUCCGUUUGUCAAGAUGUUGGAUGUUGCAGGUGCAUCUUUGAG